CACACAGCGACACUCGGAGGGAGACGCGACAGACGGCACAGAGUGACAUGCAAGCAGCCGACGAGGAAGCCUGCAUCCCUAAGAGCAGCAGGUACAGGAGCCCCUACGGCGUCCUCAAGCCCUUCCCAGACAAGCGGGCGCUGGGGAAGACGCCGUUUGACAGAUCCACCAUGGUGGAGGUGCCGCCUACGGCGAUUCAGUAUCCCCAGCCUUUGAGCUACUACCAUCAUCACCAGCACCGAGUGCAUCCCGAUCACCCGCAGCCUGUCGAGCGUCGCCAACCGCAGGGGCGUCCUCACCACGGGUCGGCCGCAUCAGCGGGUCAUCACGCCCCCAGGCACCCGGCAGGUAGCGCCGCAGUAUGGCAGGAGUCCACGGACGGCCACCGAGGGUUAAGUGCAGAGAACCAGCUCAUCCUGGACGCCUUUGCACAGCAAUGCAGUCGAGUGCUCAGUCUCCUCAACCACAACAGCAAGUUCCUGGAACCACGUCCUCCAUUUCCUCCACCUGCGACGUCCUACAUCAAGCAGGAAGAUGGCUGGAACACAGGGGUGGAAAAGCCCGCGGACCCCUGCCAGCCGGGGAGGAUGGGGCUGAGGGAUGUGAAAGGCACCGGCGUGGGGCAGGAGGUGGAGGCUCUGCAUUUCAGCAGGAAGCAGCAGCAGAUGUGCACCUUCCUGCACGCCUUCACAGAGUCCCUGCAGAGCCACAUUACAGCAGGGGGCGCCAGCUUUCCUAAGGCCUACAGGGAAUGCUGCCGCCCCUCCAACCCCCAGGCCAUCUCCAUCUCCCCCCCGCACACCCUGGGGGGUUGGGCUUCCCCCUCGCCCUCCGAAUCCCACGGACACCCCUCAUCCACCCUCCCUGAGGAAGAGGAAGAUGAAGAAGCCUGCUGCCCUCGCUGCCUGGAGCUAGAGCAGGAGGUGCUGUGUCUGCAACAGGAGAAUGAGGAACUGAGGAGAAAGCUGGACAGUGCACCAGUUCCAUGUCAAACAGUUCUUGAUUUCUUCAAGAGUGUCCUACAGUACCAUAAUCAGUUUAAACACCUGGCACCCCCAGAGGAUCAACUGACAGAGGGCAGCAAGCAGCUCCUGGGGAACUACCCAGUCUUCAUCACCAGCAAGCAGUGGGACGAGGCCGUCAACUCCUCCAAGAAGGACGGGCGCCGGCUGCUGCGCCACCUGAUCCGCUUCGUCUUCACCACCGACGAGCUCAAGUACUCGUGCGGCCUGGGCAAGCGCAAGCGCUCAGUGCAGACGGGAGAGGCCGGACCAGAGAGGCGGCCGCUCAACCCCGUCAAAGUGACCUGCCUGCGAGAGUUCAUCCGAAUGCACUGUGCCUCGAACCUGGACUGGUGGAUGCCAUCAGAGGAGCAGAUCAACAAAGUGUUCAGCGACGCGGUGGGGCACGCACGACAGGGGCGGGCAGUGGGCACCUUCCUGGGCAGCGGCGGCGGGGUGGGCAGCACCGAGAACGGCGGCGCCUACUUGGAGAGCGCAGAUGGACUCCUGACACAAGACGAGCCCUACCUCCGCGGGGGCUCUGACGGGGACUGAGUGCUGCCAGACGGUCCAGAGGAUGCUUAUUGUCAGUGUAUAUCUUGUCCCUCGGUGUCACCCAGGAUUUAAUGUUUUUAAGACCCCCCCCCCCCAAGUAUUAAAUUAUGGAUUUUUAGUCUGGAUUCCUGGGAAACACCCAGGUUCAAAAUGGUUGAGGAGAUCUUUGAUGCUGAAGGUGGAAGGGGUGUUUGAGUGCUGUGGUGCACGUUUUGGAGUAUGGAAGAACGUUGUUGACCAGUUCACAGAAGUGCUUCAGGGUUAUUGUGUGGUAGUGGACAGUCGGACCCUGAGGAGCUCUUAUCCUAAUCACACGUCCCCCAAGUCUCUGUAGCAUCAACAUUUUCCACUUACUGCUGGGACUGUGAUAGUCGAGGUUUCCAGACAUACAAAGACAAACAUGGAGGGGGUCACAUGCUCAUUUCCUAAAGAAAAAUUUUAAAGAAAAGCAACUGUAGAAUCCAUUGCCAGGGGAAGGUCAGUUAAUGAAGCUUUCCAGCUAAUCCACCAUCAUAACUGAAGAUUACAGGGAUCCUUAUCUGUAAAGUACGUAAAUUGAAUUGCCUUUAAUAAAUAAUAGGGUUUUUUGGAAAAAACAAAAACAAAAAAAAACUUGCGGUAGCUUUUAUAUCAUUUACAUCAAACCACCUGGGUAAAUGAAGUAAGGGGUGGACUUUUCUGUUGCCAAAAAAUGGCAACGUGAUAGGCGGCUAUUAGUGAAAUUUUAUUUGUCAUGGAAAGGGCUGCCAUUGGGAAACAUAACCUUCAUUAAAAACCACAAUUACUUCUUUUUCAGCAUCAUGACAUGAUCAAUGAUAUCUGCUCUGAGGCCUUCUAGAGCUUGAGAUCCCACUCAAUUCUUUAUUUAUCAUUAAGAUGAUUUUUCAUCAAAUGAGGGAAUUGUUUUUUCUGUCAACAGUCAUUUAAUGGCAUAUGUUGGCAUUUUGACUCUCACCUUGCUAGCUGUAUUUCUGACUGUUACCUUGAGAAUUAGCUAUGGCCUCACUCCCAGGAAGGGGCCACAGGACAGCAGUGGUUCUCAAACUAUGGUGCCCUCUAGUGGUCCGUGUAAGAUGUCAGUGUAUUUAAGCAUCGGUGAUAAUGGUAGUGCGCAGCCAGUGAGUGUUCUAGCUUGUAGGGUAACCCCCCCACACCACCAACAGAAAAAUGUGUGUUUAUCUUCUGCCCCUCACCCCCUCUCCCCCCAAAAAAACACUAUACAGAAUCAACUGUCAUCAUUAUUAAGAAAUUCUCACAUUAUUAAGAAAUUCUCUGUGCUGUUUGAUAGAUUCCCCCGGUCCCCCCACCCCGGGGUUCCUGUGGGGCGACCUGAGGUCCCCCACCGCCCAUCUCGUACUUUUCAGUGAUAGCCUGCCUAGUUCACAAACUACAAUCAGGGCGCCCACUCCGGCAAGCUUAAUUUACCCACAUGGUGAUGUGAUGUGACUGACAUGAAGUGCAAAUGAGUGAUAGUACUGUGACACCCCCUCGAGACCCCCGCCUAACGCUGAGGUGAAAAAAGUUAGAGAACCACUGCCAUGCAAUACAGCAUUUUUAUAUUAUCAUGGUACACAUAAUUAUUUGUUGUCAACUCUAACAUAGUUUACAUUUUAUAAAAAUGAUCUUGGCUUCUUUAUCUUUCCUCAGACCUGGUUGCUUCUUGAAAGACAAGCCUCACGUUUCGGGUCGCCAUGGGUUCUGGAUAUUUCUAGAAUGUUGACAAGGCCAUUUUAUUACUGUAUGCUAUGUGGUUGAUUGUGGUGAGGAUAGUAUUGCCUUACAGUGAAACAUUUCUGCACCCUCAUUAACUGUGAGUUUCAGACUCUGAGAAGGAGAUUUCCUUCUGGGCUGUUACAGUCAUCUACCAUUCUGCCUUUUUAGGAGAAAUUUAAUUGCCUUUGUUUUUGAAUUCUUAGAUCUGAAUUAUUUUUAUAUAUAUGUAUUUUAACCGAAUGGUUUCCCCUUUACUUGAAGCCUUUGAAAACAAAAAUGAAAAUGACUUUCUAUGAUUGUUGUGUUUGUACUGGAUGUGGGCCAAUGUUUCCUCAAACUCUUCGCCCAAAGGGUAAAACUGCCAUGGUAACUUGGGCCCAAUAUUAUUGUGAUGCUUUCUAUUUACCAUGUUUGUGAAUAUGUAUUGUUAUUUAAACCAAGAUUUUAUAUUUCAGCUGACUGUUCGUGUAAACACUGUGAAGUUAUUCAAUUUUUUUGUUGAAUUUGUAUUUGUUUUUUUUAGAACUACUUGAAAAUAAUUUAAUUACAUGAUUCAUCCUGCUGAAACUGAGUCCUUUAACGACUGUCAUUAAUAAAUCAUGACAUUGUUGUGGCCAAUCAAAUAAUUUGCACAUCAUGUACAUUGUUAAUGCACAAAAACUGAGAUGCAAUUCAAG